GACUAGUUGGGUAGCCCUGCAAGAGGAGAAAAAAAUAGAAAAAUUCGAAGGAGAAAAAAACUCGGUGAAUUUGUGGGUUCGGGCGGAUUUGGACGGAGUUUCCGAACUGUCCCGGCCCGAGGAAGCCCCGGGGAGGGAGAGAGAGUUUUCAGCACCGGAAUGAUGGAAGAUUCCCAUUUUAACUCCUCAUACUUCUGGUCUCCCGUUCCAACAGUGCAAGGACAGAUUGAGAACGCCAUGUUUCUGAACAAAAUGAAGGAGCAGCUGGGCCCGGACAAGAACCCCUCCUUCCCCCACUCCUCCUCCCACUAUCCCACCGCCGUGCUGACUGUGCCCGGCUCCGUCGCCAUGGAAGCGGCAGGGCGGGCACCCAAGCAGGAGGGGGGAGGGGGCGGGUCGCUGGGGAGCGGAGGGCAUCUGCACCCACCGCACACGUCCCAGAACAUCACCGUCGUGCCUGUGCCCUCCACCGGCAUCAUGACAGCAGCGGGCCUGGUCAUCACCACCCCCCAGGGCACGCUGGUCUCUCCGCCCUCCUCCUCACAGUCCUUCGUCUCCGGGCACCCUACCACCACCAUGAUCGUGUCCACCCUGCACGCCCCCAACCCAGGUAAAGGGCACUACUGGGAGCCCUCCGGAGAUUGGUCUGAUAGGAGGAUGAAUGAGGCAGGCGGCCCUUCCUCUCACUACCUGUACAGUCACAACAAGAAAGAAGACGUCACCAUUUCUCCAGCGGUCGUCAUGCCAACGCCCUCAAAGCGGGGCAGGAAAAAGAAGUCGGCGUUGCCGCGGGCGGGCCCUGCCUCCGCCGGCCAUCCUCUCCCGACAGGAAGUGAAGCGUUGAUUCUGGCGCACCUGGCCUCUGGGGGGCAGCACCACAGCACCGAUCCUUACGACCUCUCCAACGACGAGGACGACCACGGCGGCAAAGAUGGGAACAAGUCUUACAGGUGCCGGAUGUGCGCGGUGACCUUCUUCAGUAAGUCAGACAUGCAGAUCCACUCCAAGUCGCACACAGAGGCCAAACCGCACAAGUGCCCGCACUGCUCCAAAUCGUUCGCCAACUCCAGCUACCUGGCGCAGCACAUCCGCAUCCACAGCGGGGCCAAGCCCUACACCUGCUCCUACUGCCAGAAAUCAUUCAGGCAGCUCAGUCACUUACAGCAGCACACACGGAACCACACGGAGGCCAAACCGCACAAGUGCCCGCACUGCUCCAAAUCGUUCGCCAACUCCAGCUACCUGGCGCAGCACAUCCGCAUCCACAGCGGGGCCAAGCCCUACACCUGCUCCUACUGCCAGAAAACCUUCCGGCAGCUCAGUCACUUACAGCAGCACAACAGGAUCCAUACUGGUGACCGGCCAUACAAGUGUGUGCAUCCUGGCUGCGAGAAAGCAUUCACCCAGCUAUCCAACCUGCAGUCUCACCGGCGGCAGCACAAUAAGGACAAGCCUUUCAAGUGCCAAAACUGUAACCGCGGUUACACGGACUCGGCCAGCCUGGAGGUGCACCUGUCCACCCACACCGUCAAACACGCCAAGCUCUACUCCUGCGGCCUGUGCAAUCGGUCGUACACCUCGGAGACGUACCUGAUGAAACACAUGAGGAAACACAACCCGGACCCGCUGACCGCUGCCACCGUGGCGGCCGCCCAGCAGCAGCAGCAGCAGCAGCAGCAGCAGCAGCAGCAGCAGCAGCAGAGCCAGGGCCAGGGGGGCGGGGGAGGGGGGCAGGGCCGCGGGGAGAGAGGGGAGGGCAGGGGGACCGGAACCGGGGGCGGCUCGGGAGGGGGCGGCGGCCAGGGCCAGAACCAAGGCGGCCACGGCAACCCCGGCAGCUACCCGCAGGCGGAGGGCGUGCCCUGCACCUUCGACCUGCACCAGUACAAGACGGUGUCGGCCGGGGACAUCCAGUACAAGCCGGUCAGCGUGGCGGACCUGGCCGCCCACAAGGAUCUCUGCCUCACCGUCUCCACCUCGGCCAUCCAGGUGGAGCACCUCAACUCGUAGAGCUGGAGGGGGGGGGGGGGGCGGAGCCUGGGAGGGGUGGGGCCAGGCAGUGUCUGGGGAAACCGGGGGGGGAGGGGGGGGGGACAAAUACAAACAUUGUACAGCGGGAGAAGGCAAGAAAGAAGAGAGCGGAUGCGACGUUUUAUCCCAAAUACUGGCCGAAGAAUGAGAGGAGCGGAGAGUGUAGGAGGCUCUGGAGAACACAUUAGAAUAUUGGAAUUGGGCGGGUAGAAUACUGGCGAUUUGGAAGGUGGAUGGCUUUCCCCCCGCCCCGCCCCCCCUCCCACAGUGGACAGGAGGAAAAAGCGAAUGCACAAAGUGCAUGUGGGGGUUGUGGAGGGGGGAGAGAGUAGGCCGGACAGGAGCAAUGUAAAAUGAUUGAGAGAAUUUGGGAGAGUGGAUUUUUCUACUAGUUUCGUACUUAUCAUUUCAUUAUUCCUAGUUUUAAUUUCUUUUUUUUCUAUCGAUGGAUGCGCAAGGGUGUUGACGGCUGUGGGGAGGGCUGAUUGCGUGAUUGACAGGAACCGACGGAAUGGAUGAGGAGAGAAAUGAAAGUGAGUGAAGAGGAGAAAGAGACUCCUUUAGUUUUGUUUUUUUAAUUAUUAUUUGUCAUUUUAUAUCUCGUUGCUCUUCCCUGUAAAGGUAUGCUCACAAAGGCGGCUAUAGCGAUAACGGUGAUUUGAUAAUAAUGGCUUUCAGGCUCUGUGUGGACGGAAUUUUUGUAUACUUUCCUACAGAUGUAGUUUCCUUAUGUCCACGGCUGUUAUCCGUUUGGUUGUUUCCCUCAUCAGUUGGAACCGUUUCUGUAAUCUCUCUUGUAAAAUAUUACGGCGAAAAAGAAAAAAAAAAAAACCAUUUUAAUCGAGAAAAAAGGGAAGGAGGUUUCUGUUUCUGAUAUAAAAAAAAACAAAUUUUUAAAUAUAUAAAUAUAUAUAUAAAUGUGUUUAAAAUAUAUUAUAAUAAUUCAUACAUAAGAGGUAUCACUGACAUGUAUCUUGACACCAGUCACAGGUCCUUGCACGACCCUUUUUUGUCGUGGGGACGAGGUUGUGAUCGACUGGUUCUUGUUAUGUGUAAUCCUUGUAGUAUUUCAUUUUGUGACAAAAGAAUAACAUGGAUUACAAGUUCUUAUUAUUGCUACUUCUACUACUCAACUAAAGUUAUUAUGAAACUGAUACUCCAUGAUGUAUAGACUUACACAUCUGAAGCGACUGUGUUUCCCCUUAAAAGACAAUAAAAGUCACACAAAUUGA